GCCAAGGCUACAGUCUGAAUCUCAACCAAAGGAAAUAAGGUGAAUAUUUGACCUGCAUUGUCUCCACCAUGAAGCUGCUGACUCUGUCGUUCCUGCUUUGUGCCCUGCUGGCUCUGAGCUUGGCUGCGGAUACCACAAAGGGAACUGUUACCAAGGAUGCUGAGGAGGCUGCUGAAGAAUCCAAGGAUGAGGAAACCGCUCCAGAAGCUGUAGAAGAUGAAUCUGAGGAGGAGAAAUCAGCUCCAGAGGAAGAAGAAGAAACUGAAAGUGAUGCUGACAAAUCAGGAAAAAGUCACGUGGCUAAGAGAGCGACAUCUUGCCCCGGUGGCUGGACAAGAUAUGGAUCUCGCUGUUUCUACUAUGUUGGAGCCAGUUACACCUGGGCUCAAGCUGAGCACUACUGUGUGGCCCGGGGUGGAAACCUUGCAUCUGUACGGAGCUCCUCUGAAUACAACUGGCUUAGAAGCUACAUUCAGAGCAAGGAUUGUUCAUCUAAAAUGACUUGGAUCGGCGGUUCCGACGGAGGAGCAG